AUGGUGAAGAAUGCUUAUCGAAGUCAGUUUUACGGCGUUGCUUUAACGUUAGUUCUUUGUUCUGUCACGCAUAGGGUUGCGGCGAUAGCGAUAUUGGCUGGUAUCAUCGGUGCGACGGUUACAUUAGUUUGCAUUGCGAUCAAGUCAUCAUUUCCUGAGGUAGAGUAUCCUCGCGCAUCUAGACGUCUCAAGAGAACGAGUGAUCCGCCUGCGAGUUCAACAACGCAUCCAUCGAAUUGGGAGAACAGCGAUUUUGCGAGGAAUCAUCCUGGUAUUGCCAGGCAACUGGACGAGAUCUCGCAGCUUUUAGUUCAGAACUAUGUCAGCAGCUGGUUUCAGCAUAUCGAUGCAGCGGGCGCUUCUGGAUUUGAAGAAGCCGUGAAGGAAACAGUACGUGGAUCGGUAGCCAAGCUAGGUUCAUUGUUAGAGCAUAUGGAUGGAACGGGCUUGCUGGUAUUAAAGCUGGUGCCUCUUCUUACGAAACACUUUGAAGCCUUCCGCGUUGCCAGGCGAGCAGUGCAGGAUGAUAGGGCAUCGGCAGGUAACACGGAGCUGCAACUUGCAGUUGAGUACAAUAAGCUGCGCAAGUUACAUCAUUGUUUGUCACUGAGGCCUAGCUCUUUAGCUCAUGACGUUGAGGUACAUUUGACAGCUAAAAUGGAGAAGCUGCUACCUUUCCUAAUCGACGAGAAGGAAUUAAGCUCAACUUUUGUAUUCAUUUUGUUGAGGGAUAUCCUGGCCAUGUGCGCACUCAAACCGCUAGUCAUGAAACUGUCAAAUGCAGAUUUUUGGAAUCUGGCAAUGAUCUCGAUCUCAGAUAAAGUGCUGGAGGAGCAAGACCAAGUUUCGCAAGUCAGAAGAUUCCUAUCUAGAGAGUUGGAAGUGCAGAAUAGUGACGCGGUGAAGGCGGCCAGUAUCAAUACCGUAAGCCAUGUCGAGCAGGAACUGAGACCAGGAAUUACAGGCACACAAUUCGAACUCUACUUGAGACAGAUAAGUCAACUUAGCUCUGUCGAAAAUCUACAAAAGGAGCGGCUCUCAAUUGUUGCGAAGCUGCUGCGCCUUAGAAACGAUAAGAGCGUUCUAAACUCCUCAGAUUACCAGAAAAGAUUGUUGCUAUCUUUGAAUUUACUGCAAACAAGACUGAGAUCUGUUGACUCAAGAGGCACAUCGACAAAGCGCUAUGCGUAUACCGUCAAUUUGGCCGAUGCUAUGAAGAUUGCUGACCAGUUCGAGAGUUUCCUGAAGACCGUUAAGCUAACUGAUAUUCUACAGGAACCGAAAUGCUCAAUCUAUUUCGAGAAAUUUUUGACGAUAAAAUUGUACAGACGUGGAUUAUGUUACCUCAAUUUUUGGAAGUUGACCGAAAACAUGAGAAAUCCGCUUGAAGAUGCGCAUGAAGGCCUUAUCGUCACGAUCUCUCCUUGGGAAAUUGCGCAACUGCGGGAGACUGCUUUGCAAUUUUUUCAGAACGAGCAAUUAGAGUUCAUGAGGAUGUUGGAUCCUGGCCUUGUCACGAAUAUUUUACUUUUCAUAAAAGAUACCGGUAGCGAUACAAACCGUACUUUCCCUCUGGCUAGGAGAAGUAUCCUGCUGUUGCAAAGUGAAGCUCAGAGAAUUCUGGAAGAUGAUUUUUUCCAAACUUUCAAAGGCUCAAAUAUCUUUUUGGACAUGAUGGCGAGCGCAGAUUUUUCUGACACUGAAUCCUACGCCAGGAUUGUUGCUGAGUCGCAAUUCCGCGAGCUUUUAGCGAGCCCCAGAACACAAGAUCGUUUGACCGCUAUCAGAGUGUUUACCAAUCCUGAAGUUGAGAACGCCAUUGAAGAUAUAUUGAACAGAACUUCAAGUGAAAGAGAGCGUGGUUAUAUUAAGGUUCAGCAGAAUGGUGAGAUGAAAGGCAAUCCGUUGGAGAUCAAUGACAUAGAGCUUUAUAAGGAUACGCUCUUUCGGGAUGAAGACGAAGAUAACGAGGCGCUUAGUUUAAGAAAGCGUAGCGCGGCACCAGACGAAGUGCACGGUCCUCACCUGGUUGAAAAUGAGUCAAUCGGUGGCUCGCUUCAAAAGUUCGCGGAUUUGAAAGACGAAAUUGCGCGACUGACGGUCUCAGUAGACCAAAUUGACAAACAGCUUGAACUAUUGAAUCAUUUCAUUUUAAAAGCUGAGUUAACCAACAAUCAGAAACAGUUAAAGCUGCUGCGAAAAUCGCAACUUGCUUUGAUAAGGGAUAUGGACAACAAGGAGCUUUUAAAGCAACAGCUCAUCAUCUGCCAGAAUGCCAACAGCCUUUAUAAGAAAACGAAGGUUGCAAUCAAAUCCUAUUUUGUAGACAGUAGCCACAAUGAUGGGCGAGCGGUCGUUUACUACUUAAUUAGUGUUGAGCACAUUAACAAGGGUCAGGUUGCGACGUGGACCGUCCCAAGACGAUUCAACGAAUUUUACAAUCUGCAUAAUUACAUGAAGGCGAAGUAUAAAAGUUCACUGAAAAGCGUUAGACAUAGGGAAUCAUUUCCAAAAAAAGUGUCACUAUUCCUGAGUCUUCAAACAAGAGAAAUGCUGCGUCGAGAGCGGAAAAUAAAGCUAGAAAGAUACAUCAGAACACUGCUUAAACUACCAGAGAUAUGUCAAGACGAUCUACUUAGGAAGUUUUUGACUGACUCUACUGCAUUUAGCGAAUCAAGCAUCAUUAUAACUUCAAUCAACUCGAAAGAAGCGAAAGAAAGCAGCAGCGCGGAGGGCUCUAUUCGUUCCUUGACUCCGGAGAAUGAUGUAAUACGACAGAACAACUCAUCUUGCGCAGCAGUCGCAUUAGACGCAAGUGAUGAAAACGAUGACGAAUUUAGCUUCUUCGAGGAUGGACGAAGUUCUAUCGAGAGUAAUGACAUUCAAACAAACGAACACGAUAGAACUUUCGUAAAAGCAAUUUGUGACAUGUUCAUCUCUGUAUUUUUGCUGAACAAGGCGAAUACUGGGUGGCUCAGAGGGCGGGCAAUUGUUACAAUUUUACAGCAAUUGAUGGGCAGUGCUAUUGAGAAGUAUAUCGUGGAUACUAUGGCCAGACUAACCUCAGAAUCUCAGAUAUCUGGUUUUCUUACGCUGCUGAAGGACAAACUGCGGGAGAAUGGCGUAAGAAGAAAUGAAAGAAGCAAGCCUGAGCGCUUGCCGGCAGAAAUAGAAAGAACUAGAGCAAGAUCCAAAAUUAUGUUCAAAUGCUUAUUUACCGAAGUUUGUGGAAAAGUGGUCGGAUUAAAGAAUGCACAGGAAGCGGCUGCUCUGCUUCAUGAAAUGGCUCAAAACUCAUACCUGACUACCAGUCUACUUUUGGAGAUUCUCGAUACGCUUUACGAGGAAUUGCUACUGUGCAGUAGGCAGAUAAGCUGUGACACUCAGUCACCGAAAAGUUCACCUGUUGAGACGCGGAAUCUUGACUAA